AUGCGGGCAGUCGUUCAACGCGUAACGUCGGCGUCUGUGACAGUGGAUGGAGAGAUGGUGUCACAGAUUGGUAGAGGACUCAUGGUGCUUGUGGGGAUCGGAGUAGACGAUAAUGAUACGGAUAUCGCGACGUUGACCAAGAAGAUCUUGUCUUUGAGGGUAUUCGAAGACCAGAAAGACACCAGUAAAAUGUGGAAGUCAAGCGUGAAGGAUAUCAAUGGAGAGAUUCUCUGUGUUUCUCAGUUCACCCUGUUUGCCAAUACGCACAAGGGCAAUAAGCCUGAUUUCCAUCGUGCCAUGUCCUCAGAUGGGUCCAAAGCCAUGUAUGCCAGAUUCCUAGAACAGCUUGGCAAGCAAUACGAUGCAGGACGAAUUAAAGACGGUCGAUUCGGUGCCAUGAUGAACGUUAGCCUAACUAACGAGGGCCCCGUCACAUUCACGCUCGAUUCUCGUAAAUUCGAGUACGUCGACAGCCAAUCGUCCAGUUCCCGUGCUACGCCCAAUCCACCAACCACUACUACCGCCACUACAUCGUGA